AUGGCCUUCCUGUGGAUCCUCUCCUGCCUCGCCUUCAUUGGCGCCGCCUACGGGUGCGGCGUGCCCGCCAUCCCUCCUGUCAUCACGGGCUAUGCUCGGAUUGUGAACGGUGAGGAGGCGGUGCCUCACUCCUGGCCCUGGCAGGUGUCCUUGCAGGACUACACCGGCUGGCACUUCUGUGGCGGUUCUCUCAUCAAUGAGUACUGGGUGGUGACGGCUGCUCACUGUGAUGUCAAGAACACAGAACGUGCAGUCCUCGGAGAACAUAAACAUUACUCCAACGCUGAGAACAUUCAGACCCUGAACAUCAGCCAGGUGUUCAAGCACCCGAACUACGAUGAGUUCACCAUCAACAAUGAUAUCUCGCUCGUCAAGCUGGCCACUCCUGCCCAGCUGGGCACUCAUGUUUCCCCCGUGUGCGUGGCCGAGACCACAGACAGCUACCCCGGAGGCCUGAAGUGUGUGACUACUGGCUGGGGUCUGACCCACUAUGGUUGGUACCCGCCCCGCCGUCUACAGCAGGUCGCCCUGCCCCUGCUGACCAACGAUGAGUGCCGUAAUUACUGGAGCAGCAAGAUCACUGACGCGAUGAUCUGCGCUGGAGCCUCUGGAGUCUCCGCCUGCAAGGGGGACUCUGGUGGUCCUCUGGUCUGCCAGAACUCUGGAGUCUGGACUCUGGUCGGUGUUACGUCCUGGGCCGACGCAUUCUGCUCCACCUCCACGCCCACUGUGUUCGCCCGCGUCACCAAGCUGCGCGCCUGGAUGGACCAGAUAAUUGCUGCCAACUGAGAAGCGGCUGCACAGGAGACGCUUCAGCAUCGACCUCAAUCUCAAUAAAACACAGAAACAGA